AUGGGUAGUUGGAAGGCAGAAAUUUACUGCUUUCAAGAGACAAAAGUAAAAGGGGAAAUAAGGGAGAUUGUCAGAGAUUUAUGGGCUAGUAGAUGGGUGAAGUACGCUCAAUUAGAAGCUAGUGGGACUAGAGGGGGCAUUCUAAUUAUGUGGGAUAGUAGGGUAUGGGAAGGGGAAAUAAGUAGUGUGGGGAUGUUUUCUAUUACAAUCAAAUUCAGUGGAAGAUCACAAGACUUUGUUUGGCACCUCUCUAGCAUUUAUGCUCCUAAUGAUAGAGGGGAAAGAGAAGAAGUAUGGUGGGAGGUAGGGGUUGCUAGGGGCCUAUUCAAUGGACCUUGGGUGGUAUGCGGGGAUUUCAAUAUUGUUAGAUAUCCAUCAGAGAAAAAGAACUGUAGUAAUUUCAACAGGUCAAUGGCUGAGUUUGCAGAAUUCAUCAAUGAUAUGGGGCUGGUAGACUUACAGUUAAUGGGUUGGAGGUUCACUUGGAGAAAAAGGGUUGAUCACAAUGUUGCUGCUAGACUGGAUAGAUUCCUAAGUGGGAACUGGGAACCAGUUAAGUCCUAUUUCAAGUUUGAAAAUUGGUGGUUGCUGACUGAAGGUUUCAACAAGAGAAUCAAAGAAUGGUGGGAGUGUUUCUCAUGUGAAGGCAGUCCAAAUUUUGUCCUAGCUUUCAAAUUGAAAGCUCUAAAAGGGAAGCUCAAAGAAUGGAGCAAAUCAGCUCAAGGCAACCUGAAAACGCAGAAGCUGAGUAUUCUGGGCCAACUAGCUGAAUUGGAGGAGACAGAAGAAGUGAGGAAGGAAGAGAUAGCAUGGAGGCAAAGGUCUAGAGCAAUAUGGUUGAAGGAAGGGGACAAAAAUACAAAAUUCUUCCACAGAACUGCCAAUGCCCACAAAAGAUUCAACAACAUUGACAAGUUACAAGUAAAUGGUGAAACAGUGGAGAACCCUGUAGAUAUUAAGAGAGAGAUAGUGGCCUUUUAUCAGCACCUAUAUUCUGAGAGUUGGCGACCAAAGUGCAGCUUAAGGGGCUGCCCCACCAUUAAUGCAGAAGACAACCAAAUGUUGCUGAGUCCUAUUGAACCACAGGAAAUAUGGGAGUGUGUUAAAGCUUGUGCAGGGGACAAAGCCCCAGGGGACAAAGCCCCAGGCCCAGAUGGAUAUACAAUGGCCUUCUACAUCCAAUGCUGGGAAGUGAUAGGAUUAGAGGAGGUGAUUGCUGCUGUUCAAAAUUUCCAUGAAAGUGGGACCUUUGAAAAGAGUUUUAAUGCAACCUUGAUCCUAGCAGAAAGGCUCAAAAAAGUUAUUGGAAAGCUGGUGGAUACCCAACAGAUGGCCUUCAUCAAAGGUAGGCAAAUCAUGGAUGCUAUUCUGAUUGCAAAUGAGUGUGUUGAUGCCAAAAUGAGGAGCAAAGAUCCAGGCAUUUUGUGUAAGUUAGGUAUUGAAAAGGCUUAUGACCAUCUGAACUGGGAAUUUCUACUGGGAAUCCUACUGAAGAUGGGUUUUGAUGAGAAAUGGAUCAAGUGGAUUAAGGCAUGCAUAAAUACUGUGAAAUUUUCAAUUCUGAUAAAUGGGUCGCCUGCUGGAUUCUUUUCAUCACAGAGAGAUGAUACUUUGGUUUUUUGUGAUGCUAAUAGAGAUAAGGUGCUCCUUCUGAGAGUGAUUUUCAUACUCUUUGAAGCUAUUUCUGGAUUACACAUUAACUGGAAUAAGAGCUUCAUUUAUCCAGUUAAUGAAGUAAUGGAGAUUCAUAACUUAGUGAAUAUUCUGGGAGGGAUUAUAGGAACUCUGCCAACAGUACAUCUGGGAAUGCCUCUUGGAGCAAAAAGCAAAUCAAAAGGGAUCUGGAAUGAUGUAAUUGAGAAAUGUGAAAAGAAGUUGGUCAGCUGGAAGAGUUAA